CUGAGUUUCUCACACACCGACAGACACACACAGUCGCAACAGUCAGAUCAUCGCCAGGAAGGCCCACGGACAACUGCUCUGAUACAGUCCUCCUGGUUUUGACCCUUGCCUGUUUCUGGACUCUGUACCUGCCUGCCUGACCAUUCUGCCUGCCUUGCCCACGAGCCUGUCUGCCACUCUGUACCUCCGGGACUCUGAUCUGGUUUGGACCUUUUUCCUGUCCACGACCAUUCUCUUGCCUACCCCUUUGGAUUAAUAAACAUUUCACAGCCACAGUCAAACAGUGAAUACCAGUCAACCAGUGAAUACCAGACUAGCCAGAGGCUAAAUCUGAUCCGACCUUCGGGAAGAGAAAGUAGAGGUCCUUAAGCUCUAUUGUACAGGUGUACCUCGAGUCCCACAAACAGAGAAGGAAAACACCAGCAGAGUGUCAAGAUGCUGACAGACGAGGUGUCUCAGAUACAGGAGGUUCGGUACUGUCUGAAGACCUUGAGGGAACAGAUGGCCACCAGACAGAAUAACAAGGUACAAUGCCUUCAGGAGUUUCCAGCCAACGGUUACAAAGUCAGUGUCACCCUGCCUACCAACCCAGCAAUUGUCACCAAUUGUAAAAUUGUUGGGACUGAGUCAGAAACAAAUGUCAGGGAGAAUUCAGAGGACAGUGCAAAGAUAAGGGAGGUGAGCAAGCGCCUGUAUGCCCAGCUGAAGGAGUCAGAGAAGAGACACAAGGAGGAGAGAGACAGAAUGCAGGCUGAAAGCGAUGAGUUCAGCCGGCGCCUCGACGAGCAGUCGAAGCACCUGCAGUGGGUGGAGGGGGAGGCGGGGGAGCGAGGUCAGAAGGUGGAGGACUUGCAGAGGCUGCUGGGGGGCAUGGAGCUGGAGGGUGCUGUCCUGAGGGGCAAAAUAGCCGCCAGUGAGGCUGAACUGCUGCAGCUGAGAGCAGCCAAGGAGGGGGUGCAGGAGAAAAAGCAGAGAACUGAGGAGCUGGAGAAGGAGCUGGCUGUCCUGAAGGAGAAAAUCCAUCACCUGGACGACAUGCUGAAGAGCCAGCAGAGGAAGGUCCGCCACAUGAUCGAACAGCUGCAGAACUCGCGGACAGUAAUACAGGAGAGAGAGAGAGUGAUCAGGGAUCUAGAGGAGAAGGUGGCUUUUCUGGAAGCUGAGAACACAGAGAUGCGUGACCAGAUAGAGUACUUCCUGGAGGGUCAGAAGCCUGCUUCUCCGCCCACCAAAGAAUGCAAACCCACUCCCCAGAUUAUCUACAGGUGACAACAACACCUUCCUGUCUCUUAUCUCUAUAGGGCCGGUUUCCCGGACACAGAUCAAACCUAUUCCAGGACUAAAAAGCUAUUGUAAUGGAGAUUUUUCAUUGAGUCAAAAAAUAUAUGUAUAUAUUUACACAAAAAUCAAUUCAAUUAAUGUGUGGUUAUCUUCAUGAACAACACAGCAGCAACACAGUAUAAUGUUCCA